UCCGAUUCAGGGCUGGAACCAGUUCACAUGUAGGUAGGAGUGCUGCCAACUAUGAUCUAAACUUAUUAUGAUCUAAAAGUAUUUAUUUACACAAAAAUAUGGAAUUGGAUGCGGCAAGAUCAAUAUUCCUCUCUAGAGAGGAUUUAAUCAAGAUACUGGGCGACGUGCCGGUGGGGUUUAUAAAGCGCUCAGAUCCCCCUCAGCCGAGACGACCGACCUUUAAGAAAAUGGGCGUUUUAGUGGAAAUCCAGGAUAUAGUGGAAGCCAAAGAACCCCAAAAAGCCUUCAAAAACAGGACUAAUGAUCAGUCCUACAGCUGCGCCGAGUGCCGAAAGAUACUACCAACGGCGCACUUGCUGGACUUGCACAUCACCGAGCAGCACGACUUUUAUUUCGCCGCCAGCGUGGAUCGAGGAGACAAGCCUAUGUUCUCCUGCUUUCUGGAGGAGUGCUCGGAAAAGUUUCAGAGUCCCCGCAAGCGAAAGGAUCACUGCAUAGUAGUCCACAAGUUUCCUGCCAAUUACCGCUUCGAUCAGGGCAAGGACAAGCCCAAGGAGAAGCGGCAUCCCAAAAAGCAGCUCUCCCACUCCAUGGAUGUGGAUGAUGAUGCCGGAAGUAGUGACACCAAAGACUUGCCCAACGUCAAGGCCUUCACUUUUGGCCACCACACACUUCGAACUUUCAACUCGAAAAAGGAUAGGAAAUCCGGCGAUACGCUCGAGGAUAUUCAAUCUAUGAAGGAUGCCAUCAACGAUAUCCUAGAUUAGUUUACACGACUAUUUAUUUUGCGAAUGAAGAAGCAGCAUUAUCCUUAUUAUAAUAUAAGUUUGUUAUUCAAUA